CCCACAAAAAAAACUCAAAGAUCUUAAAUCUCUCUCAAUACUAAUCCACUUCAUUUUUUGAUCUAAAGAUUCCUUUUUUCGAGAUGGCAGCCAUAUCCAAGAUUGCAACAGGUAAUGGCCAUGGUGAAAACUCAGCUUAUUUCGAUGGGUGGAAAGCAUACGAAACCAAUCCUUUUCAUCCUACUGAUAGACCCGAUGGUGUUAUUCAAAUGGGAUUAGCUGAGAAUCAACUUUGCUUUGAUUUCAUUGAAAAAUGGCUAAUGGAACAUCCAGAAGCUUCCAUAUGUACUGCAGAAGGUGUUAGCAAAUUCAAAGAGACAGCUCUUUUCCAGGAUUAUCAUGGAAUCCCUGAGUUCAGACAAGCUGUAGCAAAAUUUAUGGGGAAAGUGAGAGGAGAUAGAGUAAAAUUCGAUCCGGACCGGAUUGUUAUGAGCGGCGGAGCCACUGGAGCUCAUGAAAUGGUUGCCUUUUGUUUGGCGGAUCCCGGUGAAGCUUUUCUGGUUCCCACUCCUUAUUAUCCAGGAUUCGAUCGGGACUUAAGGUGGCGAACUGGAGUCGAGCUUGUUCCUGUCGUUUGUGACAGUGCCAACGAUUUCAAGGUCACCAUUGAUUCUUUACAAUCUGCAUACCAUAAAGCACAAGAAGCUAACAUCAAAAUCAAAGGUUUGCUCAUAACAAAUCCAUCUAAUCCAUUAGGAACAUUCAUGGAUAAGGACACAUUGAAGAACAUCAUAAACUUCGUAAACGAAAAGAACAUCCAUUUAAUCGGCGACGAAAUCUACGCGGCCACAGUUUUCAUGGAACCCGAAUUCGUUAGUAUAUCAGAAGUCAUCGAAGAAGUUGAAUGCAACCGUGAUUUGAUCCAUAUUGUUUACAGUCUUUCGAAAGACAUGGGAUUCCCCGGAUUCCGAGUUGGCAUUGUGUAUUCCUACAACGAUACGGUCACGAGCUGUGCACGUAAAAUGUCGAGUUUUGGAUUAGUAUCGUCGCAAACACAACAUUUGAUCGCGACGAUGCUGUCUAACGAUGAAUUCAUCGAUAAUUUUGUCGCAGAAAGUAGAGAACGGUUGUUCAAACGGCACAAAUAUUUCACUUGGACCCUUUCACAAAUCGGGAUUUGUUCAUUGAAAAGCAAUGCUGGGUUGUUUAUAUGGAUGGAUCUACGUAAACUCUUGAAAGAGAAAACAUUCGAAGCCGAAAUGGAUUUAUGGCGAGUCAUCAUCGAUGAAGUUAAGCUCAACGUUUCGCCGGGAUCGUCGUUCCAUUGUCACGAACCGGGUUGGUUUAGGGUUUGCUUUGCUAACAUGGAUGAUUACUCCAUGGAAAUUGCUUUGUCGAGGAUUAGGAACUUCAUGGUUAAGAACAAUGAGACCAUGGUUCCACCACGUAACAAAUUAUGCAGACGAACUAGCCUUAAACUCAGCUUAUCCCGAAGCUUAUCUCGGAAAAUGGAUGAUUUCAUUAUGUCGCCAAGUAUCAUGUCUCCUCAAUCACCUCUCGUCCAAGCCCGAACUUAAACCGGAGGUGCCACCGAGCUUAAACCGGGAUCCAAAGGAACCUUUUUCUUUUUUUAUACAAGGAUUAGAUAUCACUAUUCUUUUCCAUGGAGAUAACCCAUACAAGAUCCUUUUCUGGUGGGACUCCAUGGGUUAAUGUGCAAAAUAAAGGACUAUAAUUUCUUGUAUUUGUGUUGAUAAUAUUCAUGGAUAACAUAUUGUAUUUUUCUUAUUAAACAUAAUAUUUUUGCGCUGCAUUGAAA